AUUUAUGGGGGAGUCGGGACUCUGUGGCCAUCAAAUUCCACGCGCGGGGAGACCCUCUCUCAUCCGCUCUGUGGAUCGAGAGACCGAUUCGGAUCGUCGGUCUGCCUUCGCCUUUGUUUGUUUGCCUUUUAGGUGUGGCCGCGGCCGCUCUCCCUUUGGUUGCCUCGCUUUCCCCUCUUUGUAGUUUGGAGGCAAUGGAGCGCACGUUCCUUUGAAAUACAACCAGGGAAGCCGCAGGAGAGAAAGUUUUCAUUCUUGAGGGGAGCAUCUCUCUCUCUCCCUCUCCCAGCCACAGGGAACAGAUAAUUCAUUGUGCAAAGGAGAAACAAGUUCAUCUCUCUUUGUUUCUGUCUGUGUGCGGCGGUGGAUCCGAUCUUUGUGGCGUUUGAUGGGAGUUUUUGAGGCUUAAAGAUCUAUCCUUGCCUCGCCACGGCCUGCAUCGGCGUCCAAGUUCGUGACACAAAUAUUAUGAUCUUCAGGAAACUGUUUCAGUCGUCAUGGGGUCUAAAACAAAUCAAAAGACACGAAGUUCUGUUUCUAUACUCGUCGUUAUUGGUUUGUGCUGUUUCUUCUACACUUUGGGUGCAUGGCAGAAGAGCGGUUUUGGGAAGGGAGACAGCAUAGCUGCAGAGAUCACUAGGCUGACUGACUGCAGUGUCUUACCAAAUUUGAACUUUGAGUCACAUACAGGAAGUAUCAAUAUCUCCGAAUCUAAGAUUAAGCAAUAUAAGCCCUGUAAAGUUAAAUUCACUGAUUAUACUCCUUGCCAUGAUCAAACACGUGCAAUGACUUUCCCAAGAGAAAAUAUGAAUUACAGGGAGAGACAUUGCCCAUCACAGAAUGAGAAACUAAGAUGCCUUAUACCAGCUCCUGAAGGAUAUGUUAACCCAUUCCCAUGGCCAAAAAGUCGUGAUUAUGUAGCCUAUGCAAAUGUUCCUCACAAGAGUCUCACAGUUGAGAAGGCCGUUCAGAACUGGGUUCAGUUUGAGGGCAACGUAUUCAGAUUUCCAGGUGGAGGGACUCAGUUUCCGCAUGGAGCAGAUGCUUAUAUUGAUUCACUUGCUGCUGUCAUCCCAAUUGCUGACGGAACUGUUCGUACGGCACUUGACACAGGAUGCGGGGUUGCCAGCUGGGGUGCCUACCUAUUAAAAAGAAAUGUGAUAGCAAUGUCGUUUGCACCAAGGGACUCACAUGAGGCUCAGGUUCAGUUUGCUUUGGAAAGAGGUGUACCUGCAGUUAUUGGUGUACUUGGCACCAUUCGGCUUCCAUACCCAUCAAGAGCAUUUGACAUGGCUCACUGCUCACGAUGUUUGAUCCCUUGGGGAGCAAAUGAUGGCACAUACUUGAUGGAAGUAGACAGAGUUCUCAGACCAGGUGGUUAUUGGGUACUCUCUGGUCCUCCAAUCAAUUGGAGGGUCAAUUAUCAAGCAUGGCAGAGGCCUAAAGAGGAACUUGAGGAAGAACAGAGAAAGAUUGAAGAGAUUGCUGAACUCCUCUGCUGGGAGAAGACACAUGAAAAGGGAGAAAUUGCCAUCUGGAGGAAGAAAAUCAAUUCUGAUUCUUGCAAGACGAAACAAAGCAAUCGUCAAACUUAUGUUUGUCAGAAUGACAGUCCUGAUGAUGUCUGGUACAAGAAGAUGACUGCAUGCAUAACACCUUUCCCUGAUGUCAGUAGUGCUGAUGAGGUUGCAGGAGGUGCAUUGAAGAAGUUCCCUGAUCGGCUCAAUGCUGUGCCUCCAAGGAUUGCUAGUGGGUCUGUUUCUGGGGUCACUCCAAACUUGUUUAACGAAGAUGUUAAGUUAUGGAGGAAACACGUAAAUGCAUAUAAGAGAAUCAAUAAAUUCAUUGGCACCGAGAGAUACCGGAAUAUAAUGGAUAUGAAUGCUGGAUUUGGUAGUUUUGCUGCAGCUUUGGAGUCUCCAAAGUCAUGGGUGAUGAAUGUUGUGCCUACAAUUGCUGAGAAAAAUACAUUGGGUGUCAUAUAUGAACGGGGUUUAAUUGGCAUAUAUCAUGAUUGGUGCGAAGCCUUUUCUACAUAUCCCAGGACAUAUGACCUAAUCCAUGCCAAUGACCUUUUCACAAUGUACAAGGACAAGUGCAAUAUGGAGGAUAUCGUCCUGGAGAUGGACCGGAUCCUGCGGCCUGAGGGUGCAGUCAUAUUCCGCGACAACUUAGAUGUCUUGCACAAGGUGAAGACGAUGGUCAGUGGCAUGAGAUGGAACACCAAGUUGGUUGAUCACGAGGAUGGUCCCUUGGUCUCUGAAAAAAUCCUGGUAGCUGUCAAGAGGUACUGGGUAGGAAACAGCACUGCCCAAGAAUAAGAGCUUGGGGCACAGCCUAAAGGAAAAGAGAGAAGGAGAUGUUCGCGCAGAAGAAGAUAAGAUGGUUGCAGUGUAACUGGCAUCUCGUUAUCCUCUAAUGCUCUCCUCCCAUGGGCGACCGGGGGUGUGACAGGCCGACGUGAAUGACAUUUUCGCAACGGUUCUGGAGAUGGGCUGUGGUGUUUUUGAUACGAAGCCCCAGCUGGAGGCUGUUGUUUAUUUGCUGAUUGUGUUAUUAGGUUUUUCUUUUCUGUUGUCCUACUGCCUGUAAGCCUUUUAAAUUUUGGGCUCCUAUUUUCUCUUCUGUAGAACUACUCACAUUUCUCUUAUUAGGCUAUUAUUUAUCCUUUUAUUUC